CUGACACCCUGGGGUGCCUUGGCCUGGCCGUGCCUGGAGGAGCAAACUGGAUUGGGACCCAUUCUCUAGCCACCCAGUGCCGGUGGCUCUGGCACACAUCUGUGGGAGGAGCAGGACUGACAUUGCUGACAAGGAUCAGCCUUGUCACUUAAUAUGGUGAGAAGGGUGCAGGAAGCAGAUGGGAUUUGUGCAAAGGGGCCGUGGAGGAACUGGGCUGAACUGGUGAACCUCUUCCUUCCCCUUGGCCAAGAGAGAGCCCAGCACCUGCUGAGCUGAGCUGAGCUGAGCCACACCAAGGCAUUGGGAAGCAAGACAUGGGAAUUAUCAUGGCUCUGGUGACACAGGCACUGCCUCUUGCCAGUCUGAUGCUGCUUCUGCUCUGGAGAUCCCUGGCUGUGGGUGCCCAGAGGAGUCCCACCUUCCAGCUGCAACAACCCCAGGACAAGGUGUCGGCAAAAGCAGGGGAGACCAUCACCCUGACCUGCACCACGGCGGGAACGGGUCCCGCUGGUCUCAUGAAGUGGCUGAAGGGCUGGGGCGACAAGAACGAGACCAUUUAUGACCAGAAUAGCCCCCCCCCACCCCACCUGACAAGGGCAGAACCUGAGUCCAACACGGAUUUCAGCAUCCACAUCAGGGAUGUUCACCCCAAGGAUGCAGGCACCUAUUACUGCGUCAAGUUCCGCAAAACACGCACUAUGGAUGAGGUGUUCCGGCGGGGAAACGGCACCGAGGUGUCCAUACUUGCCGAACCCACCCGCCCGGUCGUGUCCGGGCCCAGGCACAGAGCGGGGCCGGGGCAAUCGGUGUCUGUCACCUGCAUGGCUGGAGGGUUCUUCCCCAAAGACAUUGGCGUGAAAUGGCUCAAGGACAAGGCCCCGAUCUCUGCUCAGCAGCCCCAGGUCACCCCUGGGCAGACAACAUCCUCCUACAACGUGUCCAGCACGGUGACAGUGACGCUGCAGAAGGACGACGUCCGCUCGCAGCUGGUCUGUGAGGUGCAGCACCGCACGCUGGAGGCCCCGCUGAGGGAGACGUACCAGCUCAGCAAAGCCCUGCGAGUUUCUCCUGGAAUCCAAGUGGUCACUGACCCACGGAGCCCCGUGGAGUUGAACAAGACCGUGAACUUCUCGUGCCACGUGAGGGGGUUUUACCCACGGGAGGUGGCCGUCACCUGGCUGGAGAAUGGGACGGAGAUGAAGGUGGAGAACACCCCGCAAGUGACAGAGACACGCCAGGGGCUGUUUGAGCUGCAGAGCCUGGUGAAGGUGCAAGCCAUGGAGGAGAAGAACGGGUCGGUGUUCACCUGCCGAGUGGUGCACGAUGGCCAGGAGCCCGUCAGCAGGAUGGCCACCCUGCAGAUCACUGCCCCAGCCCAGGGAGAACUAAACGGCCUGUCCCAGGGGGAAAACGGUGUGAACCUCCUGUCCAGCCCCGGCCUGUGGCUUGGCCUCCUGCUGGAGAAGGUGCUCCUCGGUGCCCUUCUAAUCUUCCUCUUCAAGCGCGCGAGGGCGUGAGGAGGGAAAUGCCGGGAGCGCUGCCCCGCCCGGCUCCGUGUCCGUCCCCAGUUCCUUGGGUCGUGGCUGCCAGUUUUGUCGCGUGGACAUAGAAAUAAAGGGGCCGGGAUGCAGAGAGA